AUGCGCAGCUUUCUACACUUUUUAUGUUGCUUCCCUCGGAAGAUAUCGACGGACAGUCUCACUCUAGAUACUGACGAUGAAGACGAUCUUCAGUGCGAUGAGAAGAAGCCCACCUGUACCAACUGCUCAAAUCAUGAAAUCGAAUGCUCAUUCUCGAACAAUGCGCCUGUCACACCAGCAUCUGACUCACACUCUCCAAUCACUACAAUCUCUGAACCCUCCCCAGAGCAAAUCAAGACCCGCUCCUCACAGCGGUAUGUCCCAUACCAUUUUUCGGCUGGAGGCGUUCAGCAGACAUUCAAACUAGCCAAGCCAAAGCGGAAACCUGAAAUAACCUCACACUCAACUGGAACCCAAUGCGACCCUCCACCUCUCGAGAACAUUUCCUUCUCCGACCUCCAGCUUUUUCAUCACUACACCAUAUCCACCUACCGAACGAUGAACGACGAUAAUGACGAAAACGGCGUCUGGCAGAACCACCUUGUCCAGUGGGGUAUGGAGUUCCCGUCGAUCAUGCAUCUCAUCCUUGCCCUUUCGGCCUUGCACCUGGCCCACGAGCAGCCCACUGUGCGAGAUUACUACGUUCAGAAAGCCGACGACCACUUCACCUUCGGCGUACGCUCUGUCACCGGCGUGCUAGCCCAGCUUAACGCGAACAACUGCCAGAAGAUCUACAUGGCCGCUGUGCUGGUUUGCUUCAUCUACUUCGGCCGUGGGCCGCGGCCCGGCGAGUACCUGAUCUUCAGCGACAGCGGCCCCGCAGAGUGGAAGGUGCUCAUGGGCGGGGUGAAAAUGAUCCUGGCGAGCCACCAUAAUCGCGUGUUCAGCGGGGUUCUCAAGCCGACGGGCGACGCGCGGGAACGCUUGCUCAGCAGCUCGAUGCGGCUCGCACUGAACGAGCACACCGUCCGCGUGCAGAUGCUAGAACGCCUGGUCGAGCAGCAUGGGGAUCCCUCCGCGCGGGAGAUGUACGCCGCAGCGAUCGAGAAUCUCUUAGAAAUCAUGAUUGAAGUGUAUGAGCAGCGGUCGAUGGGCGAUGCGGGCGUGGCGCUGAUGCACUUGCUAAUCGGGUGGAUAUAUCGACUGCCGGAUGAGCUGGUUAGCCUUUUGGAACUGAAGGACCCGUGUGCGCUAGUAAUUCUCGCGUACUGGGCGCUUUUGCUGAAGUAUAUGGAAUCGACGUGGUUUAUGGUGGGCUGGUCCCAGCAUGUGCUGUCUGGGAUAAUGGCUUCGCUUCCGCCGGAAUUCGGGUCGUGGAUUGAGUGGCCGUUGACGAAAGUGCAGACAUGA